AUGGUCGUACCAGACUGGUUACAAACUGAUGUUGCAAUCAAACUCAACACUCAAACCGAUAUCACCGAGUGUCGUGAAGCCAUCACCGAGUUGGUUCUUAACAAUGCUGAUAAGUUCUCGAGAAGAAGACCUUCCGAUUCUGCAUCGAAUACUGAUGAGAAGUUUCUAUUAAAAAAGAAUCAUGCUACUCCAAAUCAUAACUCUCAUAACAGGAAUUCCUUUGAUGCUCAAGCUGAUAAGAUUAGAGCUGCAAUAUUACCCGAAAUAAGAAAAGACUCUAAGGUAGACCUCAAAAAGAUAAGAAGCAGUUUCAUCGUUUACCGUCAAAACAAAGGCUACUGUCUCAAUUGUGGUAAAUCAAAUCACUCCACAUCUACAUGUAGAAUUGAUCCGGUCGAUGCCAAAGCCAAUCCAGGUCCAUCAGCCAAAAAGCAACAAUGA